CUCGUCGCUCGUCGAGUAAAUAACGCAGCAAAUGCACAAUAAGUUCAAAAUUUUCAAUAAUUAAAAACUUGAAAACAUUUUUUGCGAUUAAUUUAUUGUACUAGUUUUUAUAUUGUAGUAUUUCUAUUUAAACCUAAAUAUUUUUAUAAUCUGCGGGCCGUUAACAUGUCAGCCCCCAGCGAUUGAGCGUGGCUGCAGCAUGCGUACUUGUUUUGGUUGAGUAGCGCUGUCACAUUCACGCGUAAGAUGUCGCGAAUCGUCGUGAAAAACCUUCCCAAAAAGAUCAAAGAAGAACGGCUGCGGGAGUUCUUCUCCACGAAAGGGACGGUGACCGAUCUGCAGCUGAAGUACACGAAAGAAGGUGUCUUCCGACGCUUCGCCUUCGUGGGAUUCAAAGAUGAGGCCCAGGCCGCUGCUGCCAAGGAGUACUUCAAUAAUUCUUACCUAGACACUUCCAAGCUUCAGGUGGAGAUUUGUGCAGCACUGGGUGAUGAGCAGAAGCCCCGCUCGUGGAGCAAGUACUCUGCCGACAGUUCGGCCUACCAGCGGCUUCACCCUGAGACGAGGAAGCCCAAGCCAGUCAAGGAGAAGUCACCAAGAAAGAACUUUGCUGACGAGUUCUUAAAAGAUCUGGAAGGCAAUGAGGAGUUCGAAGAGUUCCUCAAGGUGCAUGGAACGCACAACAAGGUCACCUGGGACAAUGACACGCGCGCUCCGAAUGCUGACGGAGAUGCGAAGAAAGCGAAGCCAGCCAAGGCAGUUCCGCCUGCCAAAUCAGAAGAUGAAGACGAUGCUGAUGAAGAGGAACCUAAAGAUAACUUCGACAAGGCUCCAGCUAGUAGUAAGACUAAGAAGAAUGACAAGCAGCAACAGGUUCCGGAGCAGAAGCAAAAGCCCAAGCUACCAGUACAAGAGUUUGCCUACACGUUGAAGGUCAAGGGACUUCCAUACAAUUGCAAAAAGAAACAAAUCAAGGACUUCUUCAAACCUGCCAAAGUGGCCAGCUUGCGACUUCCACCGAAGGUCAGAGGCAUUGCCUACCUGGGUUUCAAGAAGGAACAAGACAUGAAGCAGGCACUAAACAAGCAUCACAGCUUCAUGGCUGGACAUAGGUUAGAUGUCACAAAAUAUACAAAGCAAGUGGUCCCUGAGAAAAAAUGGCGGCAGUUUGAAGACUUGGGUAACCCCCAGGAGACACUGGCAGAUACUGGGCGAAUUUUUAUUAGAAACCUGUCCUACACAAUCACUGAAGAGGAGCUGGAGGAACUCUUCAAAAAAUAUGGCCCUCUGGAAGAAGUACACCUGUCCAUUGAUCGGGUAACACGCAAGCCAAAGGGAUUUGCCUUUGUCAGCUUUCUCUUUCCCGAGCAUGCAAUCCGGGCCUUCACGGAACUGGACGGCCAGAUGCUUCAGGGUCGUCUUCUCCAUCUGUUGCCGGCCAAGGCUAAGAAGUCCGAGGAACAGGAAGGUGAAGGUACAGAGGCUAAAUCAUACAAGAACAAAAAGGAAGAGGAGCUCAAGAAGUCCAGUGGCAGGAGUCACAAUUGGAACACCCUGUUCCUAGGAGCCAAUGCCCUUGCUGACAUCAUGGCGGAACGUUAUGACACCUCUAAGCAAGAACUCCUGGGCACAGAAACAGGUGAGAGUGUGGCCGUGCGCAUGGCCCUGGGCGAGACCCAAGUGGUGGCUGAGACACGAGAAUUCCUCGAGAGCAACGGUGUGGUACUCGAUGCAUUCAGUCGGCCAGCCACCGAGCGCAGUAAGACGGUCAUUCUAGUCAAGAAUCUGCCAGCCAAGACUCCUCCAAAGGACCUCCACAGUGUCUUCGGAAAGUUUGGUAUUCUGUCGAGAAUAGUCCUUCCACCUUGGGGAGUUACCGCCCUGAUUGAAUUCCAGGAUCCCACUGAAGCAAGAGCUGCGUUUCGACGGCUCGCUUACUCCAAGUUCAAGCAUGUACCCUUGUACCUUGAGUGGGCACCCACUGGUGUAUUCUCUACAGAGAAGAAGAGUGCAGACAAGUCUAAGACUGAGGGUGAGACAAAGACCAAGGACACAGAGCAGGAACACGCUGAGCAACCUGCAGAUGUAGAAGAGGAAGCAGAGGAAGAAGACAUACCACCAGAGCCAGACACAACCCUGUUCAUCAAAAACCUCAACUUCUCUACUAACGAGGAGGUCGUCCGAGAGCAUUUCGAGCAGUGUGGGCCUAUUCAUGAAGUCACCAUUGCUAAGAAGAAGGACACCAAAAAUCCAGGUCAGCUUCUGUCCAUGGGCUAUGGCUUUGUGCAGUUCAAGGAAAGGAAGGCAGCCAAGCAGGCUCUCAAGCAGCUGCAACAUUCCAAGCUGGAGGGACACGCUCUCGAGCUCAAGCUGUCCACACGGGCCAUCACCAAAGAGGAAGUGGCAUCCGCACAGCGCAAGAAGGUCACAGAUCUUGGGAAGGAAGGCACCAAGAUCCUGGUGCGCAACAUCCCUUUCCAGGCCAACCAGAAGGAGGUCCAGGAUCUUUUCAGUGUUUUUGGGACUCUGCGAGGCAUCCGGUUACCAAGGAAGAUUGCUGCCGGUGGUCGACAUCGUGGUUUUGGCUUCGUUGAAUUUCUCACCAAAAAUGAUGCCAAGCGUGCAUUCGAGGCUCUGUGCCAGAGCACCCACUUGUAUGGCAGGCGUUUGGUGCUUGAGUGGGCAUCCACAGAUGACCAGGAGGUGGACACACUGCGCAAAAAGACUGCUGACCACUUUCUCCGGGGCGGUCCUUCGAGCAAGCGUCUGAAGAAGUCCGACCUGAUGGCCACGCUAGACGCUUCCGGUCAGCAGCCUGACGCCGACUGGAACCUCUAGCUUCCGCGGAAGGCUGUCCUUCCGCUGUACACACCUGUACAAAGUGUCGCGAACAGGACUCCCCCUGUGGCGGAAAUUUCUGGCCGCUGUGCGAAGGCUGUGGCUGCUCGUACGUCAAAGAGUGGUUGUUUGCGGCCACGGGUAAAGCAUCUCGUCAACGCUGCUCCAGAUCGAGCAGAGAUAUCUGUCAACGACAUGUCGGUUGCUACGUUUCGUGGUACACCAUAGCUUCCUUACCUUUCAGGCACCGACAGGACCCACGAAAAAGAAAACAAGUACGCAUCAAAAUAACACUGGCACACCUUUUUCUAGCCAUCGCCCGGCGGGAUUUUUCAUAUAGGGACGCGAAGCUCGAGCACCGCACAAAUGCGUGCAUUGAUUCUCGUCGCAAGAUCAUCCUAGUGGUUGCGGACGUGGUCAGUCAGGCCACAUCUGUUGGGUGAUACAUGUGAAACUGGCGUAUCUUGAAUUAGAUAUAUCAUGGUGGUAAUAAAACGAAGGUUUUAUAUCUUUUUCUUUAGACUUCG